GUAACAUUGGCAGAAUAUUUCAAGCUCAACUGGCGUAUAUAACUAAUAUAUAGACACACGCUAGACAAAAAAUAAUCGUAAAGUGUUUUUCCAUUUCGCUUUCAAAACAAUAAUUUGGUCUUGUAAAGUAAUCGCAUAAUAAAUUUACAAAAAAAUACUUUAAUUGAUUAGUGUAGUAGUAAUAUCCGUUUUAUUUUACAAAUAUGGAUUCAAGUCCACUUGAUUAUGUAGCCCAGGCAUGUAUGGAUUUAACUGAAUCAAUGAUAUCUGCAAAUAGUGAAGCUGAACGAGACUCUCUCAUAGUAAACCACAUUAAAAAAGUUUGGGCAGUGGUACCGCCGAUUGAAGACUUUAAAAAAAAUUUGGAGUGGGUGAAUGUGUCUGAAUCGCUUUCCCUUAAUCAGCAUUGUGCAGAAAAAGUGGUUGUUUUGGACUUUUGGACUUACUGCUGCAUAAACUGCUACCAUAUACUACCAGACUUGGAACAUUUAGAAAAUUUACAUAAAACUGAUAAUAGCCUGGUUGUGAUUGGUGUACAUUGUGCUAAAUUUAGUAAUGAGAAGGUAUUCGGGAAUGUGUUAGCGGCAGUACAGAGAUACGACAUUCAUCAUCCUGUGGUGAAUGAUUCUGACAGUUGCAUGUGGGAAACACUGGGGAUUAGAUGUUGGCCCACCCUUCUUAUAUUAGGUCCAUCUAACAAGCCAAUCUUUAUCAUAACCGGAGAAGGACACAGAGAUGAGCUUGUUUGGUAUGUCGGAACUGCUAUACGACAUUUCACAUCACGUCUCUCGACAGUCUCACUACCUUUGUCAAUAAAUACUCAUUUAAAAUCUAAGGAGAACAGUGUCCUUUAUUUUCCUAGUAAGCUUGCACUGAACCCAUUCUACCGCGGUCGUGGCGAGGAGCCCUUUCUGGCAAUAUCGGACACAGGUCAUCAUCGAGUACUGCUGACAGACUGCUCGGGUAUCAUACUUCGUAUAAUCGGUGGACCUGAACCAGGCUUUAAAGAUGGAAAGUUCAGCGAGAUGCAGUUCAACGCGCCGCAGGGCCUGUGCUGGCUGUCGAGCGCCGUGCUGGUGGUGUGCGACACCAACAACCACGCGCUGCGCGCCGUGCACCUCGACGAGGGCAGCGUCGAGGUGCUGGCCGGCACGGGCCGCCAGGCCGCCGUCGGCGACAAGGGGGGAAAAUGUCUGGGUCUCCAAGCGCUGUCGUCCCCGUGGGACGUGCUGCUGUACUCCACUCCCGACAUGGACAUGUCGGUGCGGCCGGCGCCGCCCCCUCCGCCGCCGCCUCCCGGACACGCCCCUCAUAACCUAGAGAAGGCUGACAUAGAGCUCGUUAAAGAAAAAGAAAAGAAAGACGAGAAACGCCGAGUACUUUUGAUCGCUUGCGCUGGUUCGCAUCAAAUAUGGGCUCUUUUCCUCGACAAUACCAUUUGGUGGAAAUAUAAGGCAUUCUCCGAGGGCACGUGCGCGGCGGUGGCGGGCUCGGGCGCGGAGGCGGCGCGCAACAGCGCGUACGCCGCGUCGGCCGCCUUCGCGCAGCCCUCGGGGCUCUCGCUGCGGAACGCUAGCAGUCCGGAAUUAUUCAUAGCGGAUUCGGAGAGUUCCUCUAUAAGAAGAUUAGCGCUUUCGACUGGACAGGUUUCGACCCUUUGUGGCGGCGAUCGAAAUCCUUUAAAUCUUUUUGCUUACGGAGACGUUGAUGACGUGGGAGUCGAAGCAAAAUUACAACAUCCGAUGGCCGUUGCUUACUGUGAAUCAAACAAAACUUUGUACGUUGCCGAUACUUACAAUCAUAAAAUCAAGAAAGUUGACGUUGGACCCCAAAAAGUGACCACGUUAAAUCCAACGAUGAUCGAAACGACGGAUCCAGCUAAGUUCAACGAACCCUCGGGUCUCUCUACCAGUAUAGAUGGAAAAUAUCUCUACAUAGCCGACACGAACAAUCAUAGCAUAAAAUUACUUAAUCUAGCCAAAAAUGUAUGUCAAGAAUUCAAAGUACGUCUCCCAGAUCCGAAGUUCACUGAACCCGAGAACUUAAUACUGUACAAGAAUGACUUAUUCGUGAAUAGAAAAUGCGGCAAUCUCAUAAUAUUCUUCAAUGUAAGUUUAGACGCUGAAACGAAAAGCGUCAAGUUCACACCGGGCGCGCCGCAGAACUGGCACGUUUGCGUUCGUGACGAAAAUGAUAAGGACGUGACGAUUGACGAUUUCGAAUUCGUCGGUUGUUCUUACAAAGGUACAAAGUUACCGGGCAGAGUGGAAAUGAAGCUUAAAUUCAGAACGGAUAAGACGCAUUAUCGCUUGUACCUCAGCUUCCAAACAGCGUUGUGUGACGCUUCCGUAUGUUUUGCUCAUUCUUUCACGAUACGAUCUACAAUUUUGGUUCGAGAGUCGGUGAAAAUGAUUGAAUCUUACAAAAUAACUUGUAAGGUCAAUCCGGUAAAUCGAAAUGAACAAAAAUCGGAAACUAAUAAAACUUAAAUCUCAAACGAUUCAAAUAAAAGUAUAGCAUUUAUUAUACAACAUAUUGUGUGCUUAUGGAUAUAAAGUGACUAUUUUGCCAAAUUCAAUAAAUACGUCGUAUAUUUACAUAUACAUAAUCUAAAUAUAGUUUUUUUUUUACACUACUUGAAUGCGAAAUAAUAAUCGCGGUCUUGGUACACUGUUGUUGCUAUUUCUUUCAAAUAUUUACAAUAUUUAAAUACUGUACAUAUACUUAAAUAUUCUUAAUAGUUACCUGUAAAUAUAAAGUAGAAAAUGAAAAAUAAUCUAAAUUGAACAUGUAUUCAAAUUUCAGAUAAACAAGCUUUCAUAUGGAUUUUAAAAAUUAAAAUUUUUGUUUUAUUUUUGUUAAACAAUUAUAAAAUAAACAAAUCCAGAACGCGAAUAAGUUUGCACUAUUAAAAAGUUAACGAAUGAUUUGUAAAAUGUUGAUUUCGCAUUCGAAUUGUCAAAAAGUAUAUCUAUUAUAUUGCAUAAGCAGCAAUACGUAAACAUUAAUGAUUUAAGUCUAUUGUUUUUCUAAAAAAAACUUUUUAAUUUAACAAAUAACAAAAUUUAAGUUUACUUAGGUUAAAUACUAAUAUAUUGUUACGUUUUUAUUCUUUGCAUAAAUGCAAACAAU